CUGAGUGGGAAAAAGAAUCUGGAAGAGUGUAACAGUCGUCUCACCGGCGCCCCUCCUGAUUGACCUGGAACAGUACGAUACGCUCUUGGAUUGCCACACCACACCACACACCACGAGGCAGAAAGAUCUACGGAGAUCUGCUUACUGGUGGUCCUGCCGGGUGGGAAAAGAUUUUUUUAUAUUUAGCUCAGAGCCUCGGCGUCGACUCAUCUUCGUGACUCUGCGAUCCCAACGCUGCCCAUUCUCAUCCCAUUACUAGUAUAUUGCAGGCUCGAAUACGAGGAUUGUGAGUUCUACUUGACUUUAUUUGCCCUUGGGGAAGCCUCGAAGGGACAAAAGAACACUCAGAGCCUCCUCGGUCACACUUCACAACGAAAUGGCUCCCUUUCCUCCGCCGCCUGUAAGCACAAUUGACUGGAGCAAUGUCGGCUUCAAAGUCCGCGAGGUCAACGGACACAUUGAGUCCACCUUCCGCUAUUCCUCAUCCAAGCCAGAAUGGAGCAAACCACGUUUUGUAACCUCCCCUCAUCUGUCGAUUCAUGGCAUGGCUCCCGGUCUCAACUACGGUGUCCAGUGCUAUGAGGGCAUGAAAGCCUUUCGACAGCCCGAUGGGUCGAUCGCUAUCUUCCGUCCCGAUCAGAAUGCUCUGCGCAUGCAACGCUCUGCCGAGUUCAUUUCUGUCCCCCCUGUGCCCGAGGAACAUUUCGUGGAGUGCGUGAAUCUGGCCGUGGGUCUGAACGCUGAAUUUGUGCCCCCUCACGAGACCGGCGCGGCGAUGUAUAUCCGCCCGUUGUUGUUCGGCUCCAGCGCGCAGCUGGGACUCAAUCCCCCGGAUGAGUAUACCUUCGUGGUGUUUGUGAUGCCCACGGGAGUAUAUCACGGCGUGCAUGCCGUCGAUGCACUGAUCUUGGAAGAUUUCGACCGAGCGGCACCUGAGGGCACUGGCAGUGCUAAGGUGGGAGGCAACUACGCCCCCGUGUUGCGGCAUAGCGAAAAGGCACGGAAUCAAGGGUUCGGUAUCACUCUGCACUUGGACAGCAAGACACGGAGCGAGAUCGACGAGUUCUCCACCUCGGGUUUCUUGGGCGUACGGAAAGACGGGGACAAGACGACGAUUGUGGUGCCCGACUCAAAAAAUGUCAUCAAGUCCGUGACAUCGGAAUCGGCCUGCCAGAUCGCCAAAGACUUGUUCGGCUACAGCGUGGAGAAACGCCGGAUUGACUAUAGCGAGCUUCCUCAAUUCACGGAAAUCAUGGCUGCCGGCACCGCAGCGAGUCUGGUGCCCAUCAAGAGCAUCACCAUGAAAUCCAAGGGUGACAAAUUCGAAUAUCCGGUCAAUGAGAAACUAGAUCCUGGCCCAGUCUGUGCACAGCUAUUGAGCACGUUAAAGGGUAUCCAAAUGGGCAAGGUCAAGGAUCAGUUCGGAUGGAAUAUGAAAGUCACGGAGCCGCCCAAGGAGUUCCUGAAGGCGGCGACGAAUGGCGGCGUCCACGGCGGUGUGGAUGAGUUGCCGUGAGGCCGCUAGAUGAUGGCCAUAUCUGUGCUGGAUGUCAACGACAAAAGUCAAUGGAAGAGAGACACCCGGGCAGAUUGUGGAGCGAGGUACAGUAGAACUACGUUUGCCCAAGCAACAAAAGCCCGUCUCCAAGAUUAAAUAGUUUCAAAAGCACUCUCUGUACAGACCAACCACCAUACACAGUGCCAAUCGGGUUCUUCGCUCAUGCGUGGCCGACGUCCAUAAUCAGAUGUCCGUGCGCUGACCACUCCAUUUUCUUUUUGGCAAUAUCUAUCAAAGGG